AUGUGUGAGGUUGUUCAUAUCACAGUGGUGACCUUGGGAUAUUACACCAGUUUAGGAUCUAGCCAUUGUCAGUUGCAAUGUUACCGCAGCGAACCAGAUAGAAAUGCUUCACUAUCAUUUGGUCGGUCAGCACCCAUAACAACAGACAGAUCACCACCAGAAGAUGUCCAACACUCAAGUGGAAAUCCAUUCCUCAGAGUGGUGAGAUUCCCUACAGGAGAUGGAUGGGAUAGAGAUGGUUUCGGUCCUUUCUACUGUGAGGCUUCUAAAUCUGAUCGAGAUGUUACAAGGGUUACUACAUUUUUCCAACGAAAUAAUGCUAAGUUCAUAACAAGCGAUGGAUUGUUUACAAAGACAGUCAAUGUGAAUGACACCGGAGUGACGAUCACCAUGACUAGACGUUAUGAUCCCGAUGUGAGUGACAACGCGAUUACUUGGAGGAAAGAUGGAAGUGAGGUUCUUACAUCAUUUGUCGGGCAGACUCAGAUCAGCUUCCCAAACCCAAUCCAGACAUCAGACCAAGGGUUCUAUGAGAUCUACUAUAAUAACGAGAGGCAUCAAAGUAGAGGAGGACUAUACCGACUCAUUGUCAGAGAAUGCCCUGCUGGUAAGUGGGGUCCCCCUGGGUGUUAUGGUAUCUGUAAUAAAUGCUACAAUGGUGGAGUCUGUGAUGACAAAUCUGGUCUAUGUAUCUGUCCCAACAACUUCAAAGGACCGAAUUGUUUAGAAAUAUGUUCCAUUGGUACAUAUGGUCCAGGAUGUUCACAGACAUGUCACUGUGCAAAUUCAUCAUGUAACAUCUUUAGUGGAAUAUGUGCAGGUGGAUGUCAAACUGGCUGGUUUGGUGACAACUGUCAAAUUCCAGAUGAAUGUGAAGACGGUUACUUUGGGGCUCAAUGCACUGAUAAAUGCCAUUGCUUGUAUGAUGAACCAUGUGGUAAAGAUACUGGAGAGUGCCCUGAGCAGAAGUGUGCUCUAGGAUACCACAUACGAAGUGGCCAUGUCAGAUGCCAAGAGUGUGAAGGGGGUACCUUUGGUUUGGAUUGUCUUCAGGAAUGUCAUUGUGCUCCAGAGGCUUGCGAGGCGCAGAGGGGCCUUUGCAAGGGACAAUGCCUUGACACCUGGAUUGAACCAUACUGCCAAAGAAUAUCAAGAUUGGUUACAGUGAGAGUGAACCCAUACCAACCAUCUAAAUUCACAUGUUAUGUUGAGGGUAACCCACUUCCCGAUGCAUCCUCCGUUGAUCUUUACAGACGUACUGGAAGCACCAAUAACAGGACAGGAAUCACCAGGAGAUCAAGCACUGUCUCAGGGUCAGAACGAGCCAUUGUCUUUCAUGUUGAUAGUGUUUAUCCGCAAGAAUAUGGGGAAUACGUUUUCUUUCUAUCUGUUGAAAACACUGGCUAUCCUAGUAUGCCUUAUACCAGCGCAACCUAUGUGCUGCCAGUCAUUACGACAGCUCCAGUUGUAGCGAGCGCCACUUCAACUAUAGUAGUUCUUCGAUGGGAUGCAUGGUCUGAAGGAGAUGACAUAGGUGAUCCUCCUCUGGUAGGAUAUAAUGUCUUUGUAAAGAAGGAUGGUGGUGACUGGGUAACGGAUCAGAGAGUAGACCAACUCAAAACAUCAGCCUUUGUUAUUAACCUGACACCCGACACAGGUUAUAUGUUUCGUAUAGCAGCAGUGAGGGAAGGAACCGGUGGAACAGGACCUUUGUCUCCUCGCAACAGCAUAAUAACUCACUGUAGAAAACCGAGCGCUUCUCCAACGGGACUACAAGUGGCAGCCAUCAACCCUAAAGAGCUAGAGGUGACAUGGGAGCACCUCCUCUCGGAAUUAGCAGACUGCAGGAGUGGAGUGACCCAUUAUACGAUCUACUAUGCUUCUACUGGAUCAACUUCUUCAAACUCUAUCUUGGUUUUUCGUGACACUAGCUCCUACACAAUAAGAGGAUUAGACACCUAUCUGGACUAUACCAUUCAAUUGACUGCAUCAAAUAAAGAUGAGGAGGGUGACAAGAGCAGUGAGACUAUCGGCAAAACAAUUGAAGAAGUCGCGCCUGCUCCUAUCAAUGUGACUAUACCGAAGAGUACUACAAGCUCCUUCACUGUAUCCUGGUCUACCCCUCUACCAUCUAACACCAAUGGUAACAUCCAGAAGUAUAUCAUCCGCUACCAGCAAACUGAUCCCAUUGUUGAUGGUGACUAUAAGAUGGAGGAAGUAUUUACUGGUGCAUUUGAUGGAGAACAUACUGUGAUGAACCUGCCCCGUGAAAUCAACUAUACAGUUCAGGUCCGAACAGUCAAUGGAGCUGGUUCUAGUCAUUGGUCUGAGCCAGUGAAUGCAAAGACCAUCUCAGGUAAGAGCAUGAAUCGAAUGAAACUUGUUCUACUCUGA